GUCCAAAGUAUGUUACAUAAAGUAUCGAGAGCCUUCCAGUGUUGGCGUGGCGCAACAUUUAACCAACACUGUAUUUAUUGACAGAGCUUUGAUCGUAGUCCCAUGUGCAGAAGAUGACUAGACUGGCCCAGCUGUUACACUACACUAGCCUGAGUCAGGCAUUGUUUUCCAAGCCACUAUCCCCGCUGGGGCCACCGCUGCCUUCAAGGGGGGAAUGUGACCAAGGAGAAUAAGCCCGCUGAACCUUCCAAGAUGGACACCUUGUCUCUUUUUAUUUAUCUUUCUUUUCUUUCUUUUUUUUGGUUGGUUUCUUUUAGUUUUUACUUUCACAUGUUGUCCCUUGCCUUGUCUGCUCCCUCUAGACUCUAGCUACACUAUUGCAUUAUUCCUAGCAUAUUGUUUUUCCGUUUAUUAUUUUUGGGUUUUCCUCUCUCUUUCUCUCACCUCUUCUCUUUCUUUCUUUCGCUCAUUCUCUCUCUCUCCUUCCACAGUCUGUGAUUGAGUUCUGUCCAGGUUGCCAUGGCACCCAGGUGGAAUGUGUAUCACACAUGGGCUGCCAUGAAGAUGACUAACACAUUUUACUUUCUUUGUCUCCUGCUCUUGGUCUAUGGUUAGGAUUUAAAAUAUAGGGCUCAUCUAAACCUUAAACUCACUAGGAGAAAGUAUCAUUAACUUAUAAUAAGUAGUAGAAUAGAAUAGAACCUUUACAUUUUACAUUGGUAACAUGAUGCUUAUACUGAUAGUAUAAGAAUUUGAUUACAUGGACUUUUUGUUGCUUUUGCCCUUAAGCCUUAAAAUAUUUGUAAUUGUUUUUUUUUCUUCUCUAAAACAAAGCCACUAGAUUCAUUGAAAGACCGACUGCGCCCUUCCCCUUUUCCAUUCAGGAACGGCAGAUUGAACCAGUAAAAAGAAAGGGAAAGAUUUCAAAUCCGUUGUCUUUAGGUUUUAAGUUUUGGUUAACGUUUGGGAAUUUCUCAAGAUUCUUAAAAAAUGUUCUUCUUUUCUGUAUCUGAUGUUCUGUGUGCUAUUAGUGAUGCAGCCAUCAUGAACGGUUGUCUUGUGUUGCACUCCUUUCCAACACUGCGAAACGAUCGCCCUACGGGAAAAGCGCCCAUGCUUGCUAUCGUAUGGUUCAUGACCAAUAUGUUUCCAGUACAGGGAAGAUCCCAGAAGAAGCCAAGGCCUUGUCUCUCUUGGCACCUGCUGCCCCCCCUGCUGUACCCAGCCUGAUGCCAGGCGCCGGCCUGCUGCCCCUUCCCACCUCGGCCCCCAUACAGACUCAGCUGAGUGUCCCUAUAGUGAGCCUGGCGGCAUUGCCGGCUGCCCUGGACCCUGCAGUGUCGGCCCUGGCUGUGACUGGAGCAGGUGGGGUGUCGUCCUCCACCCAGCCCCCCCUCAUGGGGAACGUGGAUCCCUCCAAGGUGAACGAGAUCAGAAGGACUGUCUACGUUGGCAACCUCAACUCGCAGACCACUACUGCAGAGCAGCUGCUGGAAUUCUUUAAGCAGGUGGGCGACGUAAAGUUUGUGCGCAUGGCAGGGGACGAGACGCAGCCCACACGCUUCGCCUUCGUGGAGUUUGCCGACCAGGAUUCAGUGUCCAGAGCGCUGACCUUUAACGGAGUCAUGUUCGGAGACAGACCCUUGAAGAUUAAUCAUUCCAACAACGCCAUUGUGAAGCCCCCAGAGCUGACCCCUCAGGCUGCAGCCAAGGAGCUGGAGGACGUAAUGAAGAGGGUCAGAGAGGCCCAGUCCACCAUCGCCGCCAUCAUAGUAGAGCCAGAGGAGGUGAAGAAACGCUCAUCCAGUCACUCCCGACGUUCCAGGAGAUCCAGAACACGGUCACGAUCGCAUUCCCGUUCGAGAACAAGGAGGAAGCGGUCCCGUUCUAGGCAGAGAAGCAGGCUCUCUCAGAGGUCGCGGCCCAAGGUCAGCGAGACCCACGUCUCUCGGGGGAUCCACAAGAGACUUUCACGCUCCAGAUCACGGGACAGGCGGAAAGAGAGAGAGCAGAGAACGAGAGGAAAUGAGGAUAUAUCUCGGGUUAUAGAGGAUAGGAGGCAGAGGGAGAAAAAGGCCAAAACACCUCCAAAAAGCUACAGUGCAUCCCGAAGGUCCAGGAGCACGAGCAGGGGCCACAGAAGGAAGAGCAGGGAUCGUUCUAGGAGUCCCAGAAGGAAAGCCAGGUCUCCCUCACCAAAGAGGGGGAGGAAAGACAAGAAGAGGGAGAAACCAAGGGAUGGCAGCAGGGAAAAGAGGGAGAGUUCCAACUCCAGGAAGAAGAGCAGCAGAGAUAAAGAAAAGAUGGAGCUCAAGGCCAAACCUAUGAAGGUGGAAAGGGACUACGACAGGGAGGAGAAGGACUACCAGAGUGACAGGGAGGGGUCGGCAACACCAAGCGAUGGUUUGACAUCACCCUGCAUCCAGCACAACGGCAGCUACAACACAAACACAGAGGAUGACGCGGCCUCGCUCGCCGACAGCACUGAGUGAUGGGUGUGAAACCAGGCAGAACCAUGGGAACGAGACAGUCCACUAUGUAUCCAGCUCCUGUGAUCUUUACCUUGGUAUAACAUACACACACACCCCUUCCUGUUCCCUAGGCUGGCACAAGUGUGCCAAAAACCAAUAGAUCUUAUCUGAUUAUUUUCCUAGUUCCAUUUUCUUGGUGUGUGUAUUUAGUGUAAGACUAUAUAAGAGAAUGCUGACCCCCUAUGCCCAUUGCUGUGAAUCUGUUGUCACAUGAUAUUCAUAUUGAAAAUAGACCUUAACGUGCACAGCUUGUUUUUAUAGAUGUGGAGAAUGUGUGCUUUUCCUACAGUAAGAACUGUGUUGAACAUAACAUGCUUGUGGUUGAUUUCCUGUUUCUUGGUUAAUUUAGUGUUUGUGCUAUCGUGCAACACUUAAUCUAUUUUGGUUACUACUAGAUGCAAGGUCUCUGUUUGUGCACAAUAUCUUAGUUUGCACCCAAUGUAAGAAAUGCUGUUAUUUACAAAUUCUUACAAAAUCAAUAUUUCUAUAAAGUAAUAUUAUGUGGAAGAUCUUAUAAUGCAAGAUGUCUAGUGUCUGUUGCUGUUAGAAAGGUCUUUUUCAAGGCUUCAACCAGCUUCAUGGUUCAGCAUGCCAACCCUACAUUAUACAGAGGUUGAACUUGCUUGACACACAGGAAUGAGUUAACAAUUCCCUGGCAGACAAGUCAAAGUGCUAAGACUGAAAUUGUACAAAAAUACACUAAUAAUAAACUUUAUGAAGUUAUUGAGAUGCAAGAUGAA